UGAAGAAGAAGGAACAUUUUCAAACUAGUAACGCACUCGAUAACCAUCAAUAUGAAGAAAAAUCUCGUCAAUAUUUUAGCAAUUCUUAUUGUUUUUGUUAUUAACUCAGUUCAGGGUCUUCUUGAUGCUGGAGAUAUUAUCGCUACAAAAAUCGGAUUGAUUCACAAUAUUCAGUUCAAAUCAACAUUUCCACUAAAAGACACUCUGGGACCUAGUCUGGAAUUAGCACUAGCAAGCUGUCAGGAGGGCUUCAAGUGGGAUCGGUGGAACUGCCCUAGUACGGAUUUCCUCUCGAAGCGUAAUUCGAAGCAUUUGGAUCGAGAAAGUUCCUACGUUGUUACCAUCACGACAGCUGCCCUAAUUUACACAAUCACCAAAAACUGUUCAGCUAGUGGUAUUCCCGGAUGCGGAUGUGCCGAAGACAAAACCAAUCAAUUUGCCAAGUGUUCGGAUGACACGGAUUACGCUGAGCAGGUGGUCGGAACGAUUCUGAAUAACUCUCAAGAUGACAGUCUAGACGUUCAGGCGUAUGCAGUACUGCACAACAAUCGAGCAGCAAAAAUUGCAGUUCGUCAAUCAUUACGCCGAUACUGCCGCUGUGACAACGAGCCCUUGCCAUGUAAUGAAAGUAAGAAAUGUUGGCAUUCACUUCGACCUUUCAGUGAGAUUGCUGGGAGAGUGAGAAAGAUGUACGAAAAUGCUUUGGUUGUAAAUGCUGAUAACUCAGGAGUUGUGAACUGGAAACACAUUCCUGAGGACGUUCUGGUUUUUGUGGAGGAUUCACCAAACUAUUGUAAGAGUAAUGCAAUUGCAGGAUGGACUGGAAUGCGCGGUCGGCAGUGUUCUAGAGAAAGAGGAAGCAAUGUGAGCCAGCAGGAGAGACAAUCUUGUCGGAAUCUUUGUCGAUCGUGUGGUCUAAGAACUCGUGGUCAAGCAGUGGUAGUGAAGAAACGUUGCAAUUGCAGAUUCUCCUGGUGUUGCGAGGUGAAGUGUGAGAUUUGUGUAAGCGUUGAAAAACAACAUUAUUGUGAUUAGUCGAAUUAUUAUUAUAUUAAAGUCAUAUGUUUAUUAUUUAUUAUAAGUAGGUUUUUGUAGUUAAUAAAUAUUAUUUAUUUUCAAGAAGUUAAACUUUGCAUGAA